GAUGGGUCAGGUAUCUAGUUCGGUAGUGGUCCCGAAGUGGAACUGUACGACUGUGAUAUUGGUACUAGCGGUCUCAACGAGUGUGUUCUGUUUGAGGAGUGAGGAAAUUCGGACAACAUGAUUGCUGUGGUCAAAUUCUGGAUUUGGCCACUGAUGGUCAUGGCCGCUCUCAAAGUGGCCCACACGGCACCGGACUACUGUGACCAUAAGAUCUGCUUCGGCGGAAUGACCAACAUCGGAUGUCGGAACAACGGCAAGCUGAGCAAGUCUUGCCCGAAGGAUGCCAAGAUCAUCGAAAUGACCGACGAACUGAAGCAACUGAUUUUGGACACCCACAACAACUACCGCAGCACGUUGGCUACCGGAGGGGUGAAAUGGCUGCCCAAGGCCGCUGCUAUGCCCACUUUGACCUGGGACGACGAUCUGGCUGCCACGGCUCAGAUGAACGCGAACCGUUGUGAACGAGGUCACGACAAGUGCCAUAAUACCCAGAAAUACUUGAACUCCGGUCAGAACUUGAACUUUAUCGCAACCAGUGCCGAUACGAUCGACGUCAAGGAUCAGGUCCCGAAACUGAUCAGCAGCUGGUGGGAUGAGCGUCACGAUGUCAACAAGAACAUGGUCAACACCAUGUACGAUCCGGGCAAGAGCGUGAUGGUGUUCCACUUUGCUGUGCUGGGAAGCGAUAAGGUCAACAAGGUCGGAUGCGGUCUAGCCCAAUGGACCAAUGAUGAUGCUUGGCUGCAGAUGUACCUGGUCUGCAACUACUCGUUCAACGACUUCAUCGGUAUCCCCAUCUACGUCAAGGGUAAUCCAUGCUCUCAGUGCAAGACUGGCUGCAAUCCGAAGUUCGCCGGUUUGUGUAACGAGGAUGAACCGGUCCCGCAGUUGAUCGACUAUCCGGCUCCACAGGCUUGAGCAUGUGCUGCAGAGCUAAAUUGCGAAAUGGUACAAACUAUGUACUUUCGAUAACUUAGAGUUUUAAGACCAAAAUUACUAAACCAAAACGCCAUGUCUGGUAAGGAGUAACAAAUAAAUCAUUAGUGGUUGGGA